AUGCGUUUCUCAACAGUAUUCACCCUCCUCGCCGCCACACUCGUCGUCGCCGCACCAGCACCAGCCGACCUACAAGCCGACGGCGGCAAGGACAAAGGAGGCAAGAAGGAGGGAGGUGCUAUCGCUUCCUGCGAGGUACAAACCGCCGCAGACCACGUCAAGUGUAUAGACGCUUGCGGAGCCGCCAAGAGAUCCCUCACCUCCAAGGCGGUAGCAGGAUAUACUGGUUGUGCGGGUGUUGGUCCUGGACCUGCUCCUACCAAGCCCAACUGA